CUGAGUUUUAAAUUCCAGGAGUGUCAUUAAAAAGGGUUGAUUCUUUUUGCCUUUCAGUUUGUUUGACAAAUAUAUUUCAACCUUUUAUUUUUUACUUUAACUUAAUGUUACAUUAAUAGUUAAAACAGCUAAUAUGAUACAUAACCCGCAUGUAAUAUUAGUAUUAAAACUAACCAGUUAACAUAAUAUUGAAGGAUGGUAAUUGGAUUACGACGUUUAGAGUUGUGUUCUUUUUAACUUAAUUCGUUGGUCGACACCAGAAUUAGUCAAUGACAAAACAAAAACCAUGCAGACGACUGGUUGGGAGACAAGACCCUGUUGGCUUCAAGCUCAACCCAGAUCAGAAUACGUCAUGUUUCUUAAACGAAUCCUAACAAGAUGCCGCUUUUUAUUCCAAUCUCCUUAUUUCUAUAUGUAUAUAUAUGUGUUGCUUUUGUGUGUCUAUGCAUUCUAACUCUCCUCUCCUCUCCUUCUUUAUACAUAUAUAAAUAUUUCUACAACAAUGGAGAGGGACAAGUAUAGAAUCCUUUUUAUCUUGGUGGCUAUGCUUUUUGUUAGCCUCAAUUGUGUGUUUGCUUCUCAUAAUGCUCAAGAAAGAAAACUGGCAGCAGCUAGUAUAAAAGAUGAGCAAAAUGAUUUAACAACUUACAUUGUGCAUGUGGAGGAACCAGAAGGUGGUUCUCGUACAGUGCCAAACUUGGGAAGAUGGUAUACAUCGUUUCUACCAAUGACUACUUCAAGCGCAGGCCAAGAACAACAACAACGUAUCGUCUAUUCAUACAAGACUGUAUUCACUGGGUUUGCUGUAAAAUUGACGGCAGAAGAAGCUGAAGCCCUGAAAAGAGAAAAAGGGAUUCUGUCAGUUCGACCUGAAAAGAUUUAUUCUUUGCACACCACUCAUAGUCCAAAAUUCUUGGGGUUGAAACAAGGAUCGGGAUUUUGGAGACAUUCAAAUUAUGGUAAAGGAGUGAUAAUAGGUGUUCUAGACACUGGAGUUACAGCUUGGCAUCCUUCAUUUAACGAUGAAGGAUUACCCCCUCCACCUGCAAAGUGGAAAGGAAAAUGUGAACUUAAUGGGACCGCCUGCAACAACAAGUUGAUUGGUGCAAGAAAUUUUGAAUCGAGUAGCCCACCAGUGGAUGAGGAAGGACACGGAACACACACAGCUAGCACAGCUGCUGGAAACUAUGUGAAGGGUGCUAAUGUGUUUGGUCAGGCCAGUGGAACAGCAGUUGGCAUGGCGCCUUUGGCUCACUUGGCUAUAUAUAAAGUUUGUGGCGUAUUUGGCUGUCGUGAAAGUAGCAUCUUGGGGGCAAUGGAUACUGCCAUAGGUGAUGGUGUCGACGUGCUUUCGCUUUCACUUGGUGGUGGUUCCAUGCCUUUCUUUGCAGAUAACAUUGCAAUGGGUGCUUUCCGAGCUACCCAAAAGGGAAUUUUUGUGAGUUGUUCAGCUGGUAACGAAGGCCCUCAGUUUGGUACUCUAUCAAAUGAAGCACCAUGGAUCCUUACCGUAGGAGCAAGCACCAUUGACAGAAGCAUCAGAACAACUGUAAAACUUGGAAACGGAAAAACUUUUGAUGGGGAAUCAAUUUACCAGCCUAAAGAAUUUCGUUCAAAGUUACGGUCUCUUAUUUAUCCAGGAGCAAAUGGUGACAAAUCAGCUAUAUUUUGUGCUCCUGAAUCACUUAAAAAAUUUGAUGUUAGAGGCAAGGUAGUGUUGUGUGAGAGGGGAGGCGGUGUAGGAAGAGGUGACAAAGGCCAAGAAGUGAAGGACAAUGGAGGCGUUGGCAUGAUUCUCAUGAACGACGAACUUAAUGCUUAUAGUACAUUAGCCGAUGCUCAUCUUCUUCCUGCGGCUCAUGUGAGUUACGCAGCAGGAACAAGCAUCAAAGCCUAUAUAAACUCAACAUCAAAACCAACAGCCACAAUCUUGUUCAAAGGAACUAUUAUUGGCAAGGGAAGAGCUCUUGAAGUUACUUCUUUCUCGUCAAGAGGCCCAAGCGGAGCUAGUAAUGGGAUUUUAAAGCCAGACAUUAUUGGUCCUGGUGUGAGCAUUCUAGCUGCAUGGCCAGUUUCCUUAGAAAAGAACACCACUACCAAAUCAACCUUCAACAUCAUUUCUGGGACUUCAAUGUCUUGCCCUCAUCUCAGUGGUAUUGCUGCUUUGCUCAAAAGCUCACACCCAGACUGGUCGCCUGCUGCCAUAAAAUCUGCAAUGAUGACAACUGCUGAUCUCUUAAAUCUUAGGGGCAAACCCAUUAAUGAUCAAACCAUGCUUCCAGCCAAUCUCUAUGCUACUGGUGCAGGCCAUGUUAACCCCACAAAAGCUAAUAACCCAGGGCUUGUUUAUGAUCUUCAACCUGAUGAUUACAUUCCAUAUCUGUGUGGAUUAGGCUACAGUGACGCUGAGGUAUCAAACAUCGUGAAACGUAAAAUGACGUGUUCAACAAGCAUACCUGAAGCGGAGCUUAAUUACCCUUCUUUCUCUAUACAAUUAGGUUCUGCUCCUCAGACAUACAAGAGGACAUUAACAAAUGUUAGCCCAGGAUCCUCGUCAUACUCUCCUCGAAUUACAGCACCAGAGGGAGUAAAAGUCACCAUUGAUAUUGCUAAGCUUAGAUUCACGAAGGUGAACCAGAAGGCCACGUACUCCGUCACUUUUAGUAGAGUUGGGAAUUCUAGCACUCCAUUUUCUCAAGGAUUCUUGAAAUGGGUUUCUACUAAGCAUACUGUUACAAGCCCAAUUGUUGUUCAAUUUGCAUGA